GCGUCACGCUUCGAUCCACCUUGGUAAAUCAACCAAUUUGGGACUAAUGUACUGUGUCAUCCAUGCCGUUUGUUUGUUUAUCUGUUUCAAUUAUAGUGGGAUGAUAUUCGACCGUCAUGAAGUCAGUACUGAUGACGUUGAAUAUCCUCGGCGUGUGUGCCGCUAAGGGUAACAUCGAAUAUAUAAGGGGUAAGCUGUCCGUAACUCUCAACGGGGUGACGUAUAAUGCCUUCGAAGGAGUCCGCUACGCCUCGGCGCCCGUCGAGAAAUACAGCUUUGAAGAGCCUAUUGCAGAAUACGAAUUGAAAAGUAACCUCGGCCGUAAAGUCGACUGCUUGCAGAUCGACCCAGAGAACGGCAAGUCCAUCGGAGAAGAUGAUUGUCUCUUUCUCAACGUCUACACACCUUCCCCCAUGACUGAACGUGCGCCGGUCAUGGUUUGGAUCCACGGGACGCCGUUUCCACUCGGUACGAGUCAGAGCAGUCUUUACGAACCUGAGUUGUUCAUGGAACAAGGGGUGGUAGUCGUAACCUUGAGCUACCGUUUAGACGUCCUCGGUUUCGCAAGUUACGAGACGUCGAAGAUGCCGGGCAACUACGGCCUACAGGAUCAGGAGUUGGCUAUAAAAUGGGUCUUAAAAAACAUACAAUUUUUCGGAGGUGAUCCCGAUAGGAUCACACUCGCCGGACAUGGAUCUGGUGCUGCGCAUGUCCUAUUCCACCUCAACGGUCGCAUGGCAGGUAAGAUCGAAAGAGGGAUUGCACUGAGCGGGUCCAGGUUCGCGCCUUGGGCCUUGUCUGUCGGGUCUUGGACAUCGAAGCAAACCCACAGUCUUGCAUCUUGGAUGAAAGACAGAAAACUAUCUCCGUGUCCUACUUUCACGCCCAACUGCUUAAAAAAAGCAAACGCAACCACGAUGAUCGAUUGGUCUUUCAAAACCAUUACGUCUCUGCCCAUGUUGUGGGAUCGUCUCACCUGGCCUUUCAGACCUGUCGUCGAUCAGGUAUACAUAAAAUCCUACCCAUGGUCUUCGAACAGUUCUGGGAACUUCUCACUUCUACUAGGACUGAACAGGGACGAAGGAGACAUCAUGAAUAUAUUUGCAGACGUGAGGAAUUGGAUGGUAAAAGACAGAGAAACACUUUUUGACACAUUCAUCGCGGUACACCAUCCGGCGAGGCUUAAUCUCGACGUCGACUUACAGUCAAGGAUCAACGCUCUGUACGAAGGGACGAGGAUUUGGAAGAACCAGCUGAACCAGUUAGCAACAGACGGAUGGUUCUUCUACCCUGCGGUCGAGGAAGCGCGGAGCCAUGCGGGCCCACUCCAGGCUUUCAUGUUCGACUUCCAGUCCGACUUCGCUCACAUGGGAUGUUCGGUGCGAAGGAGGACGAACGUGGCCGCCCACGGGGACGAGUUGCCAUUCAUUUUCAACAUCUCAGCCUGCAGAUACACCUUAGCAAAUAGGCGUACCGCCAAGAAAUACGUCGACACGUUGGCAUCAUUCGUCAGAAACGGUAAGGCGAGUCUUAAACGGUACUCGGAUGACAAGGAACUGUUCGAUAUCACGGCUGCUUUAUCGAACCCAGAAGUUUUUGGUACAUUUGACAAGAGCAUCGCAAAAAGGAUGCGCUUCUGGAAGGAUUUGGGCCUCUACUCAAAAUGAAUUAAUAAUUGCCCUAUUGUAGAAUAAAAUAUUUUCAAAUCAUACACUUGGAA